GCCACUGCUCAAUUCUGCAACUUUUCUCUUUAGUUGAGUGUUAAAUCUUUGUUGUUGUUGAAGCCACACUGUUGUUCGUUGCGAUGGAGCAGACUUGUGUUGAGGAUGAGUUGACACUGACGGUUACUAGACUCAACAGUGAGUCUAAGAGACAGAAAAUUUGCAAAUCUUUGGAGAAGUACAAAACUAAAUCGGCUGGGAUAUUGAAGAGUUUGCAGGACCAUAUUGAUAUGCUUGAAUCUGAUAUUGUAAAGAGGUCUCAGGAAGUAGAAAGGAAGGAGAAAAAGCUUCAAGCUUUGAGCUUGGAAUUGGAGAAGAUACAGAGGAAGAUUGAAGCUGGUGAGACUAAGUCAAGUGACAUAGAAAAAGAGCUUGAUUUUCUUAGGAACCAUGUCAGGUCAGAAGAAAACCAGCUUCAGGUUUUGAGCUUAUGUCUUGGGAAAAUCGAAGAAAAGAUUAAGAUUCAAACUGAUGCACUUGAAGAAAAGGAGAAAGAGAUUAAAGCAGCGGAGACUGAAGCUGGUGACAAGAGAACGGAACUUGGUUUGUUAAGGAACCAGAUUGAGCUGCAAAGAAGUGAACUUGAGGAAAAGACGCAGAGGAUUAAAGAUGCGGAGAUUGAAGCAGGUGUCAAAGAAAAGGUACUUAAUUCCCUGAGGAACCAGAUCAAGUCAGAAGAAAAGACACUCAUUAAGGUUAGGGAAUCAGUAGUGAAUACUCAAAACGAACUUGAGAUGAAGAAGAAAGAGAUAAGACAGACUAGCACUGUGGUUGUUAAGCACGAGCAACAGCUAGUUGCAGUAGAGACUGAGGAGUUUAUUGGAGAUCCUUUCAUGCGUUAUAAAAUCUCAUCAGCAUCUAUUGGUUACCAUGAAGUCUCCAAUAUUCUUAGAGCUAAAUGUAAUCCAGCAGAUUAUGUUCUGGAACUAGUGGAGGGAGAAGUAAGGGAUGCUCAUCAAAGAAAAGAAUCUGGUUUACGGGAGUUAGUAGUUGAGAAUUUGGUUCUGUUUUUUGAAGAGAUAGCGGAUAUUGGAGUAUUGGACAAGCCUCAUCUGCAGCUUAAGGCUACAAGUGUGGCAAAUUUGUGGAAGUGCUUGAUAAGAACUGAAGCUCCAAGAUCAUCUAUUGAGGCUUUGGCUUUUUUGUUGUUCAUUGUGGCAUAUGAAAUAAAGAGUUUGAUCAAUAAAGAAGAAACUGCGCUACUUGUCACAUCUGUUUUUCAUUACAGACAGGGUCCAAAGCUCUUUCAUUCACUUGGUCUUGAACCUAAAAUCCCAGAAUGUGUUCUAGGUCUCAUAAAUGACCGUCAUUAUAUUCCUGCAGCCCGACUUGUAUGUUUGUUCAAGCUUAAAGAUUUCUCAGCUCAAAAUCUUUUAAUGAAAGAGGUCAUUAAUUUAAAACGCUCAGCGCUAGGGAAAGUUGAUAACAAAGAUGUUGGAAGAUUGAGCGCUAUCAUUGAACUUGCGGCAGAUUAUAAGCUUGACAUUGAUCUUUCAGCGGACCUUAUCGCCAAACUCGUGUUUCAGAGAGAAAGCUCAACACCACAUGUGCUUUAUUGCUCUGUUGAAGCACCAAGGCAAUCAGCCAAUGGUGGAUCUUCAGGUUCAAGAGUGGGUCUUCAGGUUCCUAAACGCGAGAUCGAAUCCUUUAUGAUCCCAUCAGACAAUGGUAGUGAUAGGUUGGCUGUUCCAUUGGCAUUUGUAAGGAAAGGAGUUAGAAGUGGAAGAGCAGUGAGAAAGUAUGAGAAGAAAACUAAGGAAGAAGAAGUGGGUAAGAGUCACUAUUGGAAGCAGAGGGUCUUUGAAUAAA